UUCCUGCAGCGGCGGUCUUGCUGAAUGAUCAAGACUGAAGACGCUUGCGUAGCCGACUUAUUGUUUUAUUUCAUAUUCGUAUAAUAAUCGGUUUGUCUUGCAUAUUAUAGCAAAACAAGCGGAGUGAAAGAUGUCCAGGAGACGGCACAGCGACGAGAACGACGGAGGGCAACCCCAUAAAAGGAGAAGAACAUCAGAGCCCAUUGAGAUUGAAGAUCGUUUGGAGUCGCUGAUAUGUCGUGUUGGGGAAAAGAGUACAUCGUCCCUCGAGAGCAACUUGGAGGGCCUCGCAGGUGUUUUAGAGGCCGACCUCCCAAACUACAAAAACAAAAUCCUGCGCAUCUUAUGUGCUGUCGCCCGCCUCCUGCCUGAGAAGCUGACCGUCUAUACAACCUUGGUCGGACUCCUCAACGCCAGGAACUACAACUUUGGGGGCGAGUUUGUGGAAGCCAUGAUCAGGCAACUUAAAGAGACGCUCAAAAACAACUUGUACAAUGAAGCUGUUUACUUGGUGCGUUUUCUGUCUGACUUGGUCAACUGCCACGUGAUCGCUGCUCCCUCUAUGGUGGCCAUGUUUGAAAACUUUGUCAGUGUUACUCAGGAGGAAGAUGUGCCACAGGUUCGGUCAGACUGGUUUGUGUAUGUCGUUCUGUCCUGUCUGCCCUGGGUUGGUAAGGAGCUUUAUGAGAAGAAGGAUGUUGAAAUGGACCGGCUCCUCAGUCAAAUUGAAGGCUACCUCAAGAGGAGAGUAAAGACUCACGUCCCCAUGCUGCAGGUGUGGACGGCAGAGAAGCCCCACCCACAAGAGGAGUACCUGGACUGCCUCUGGGCUCAGAUUCAGAAGCUGAAGAAAGACCGCUGGCAGGAGCGUCACAUCCUUCGUCCCUACAUCGCCUUCGACAGCGUCCUGUGCGAGGCUCUGCAGCACAACCUGCCGCCCUUCACCCCGCCGGGACACAUGCCGGACGCCCAGUACCCCAUGCCCCGGGUCAUCUUCCGCAUGUUUGACUACACCGACGCCCCGGAGGGACCUGUUAUGCCUGGCAGCCAUUCUGUGGAGAGAUUUGUCAUAGAAGAAAACCUGCACUGUAUCAUCAAAACUCACUGGAAAGAAAGGAAAACAUGCGCUGCCCAGUUACUCAGCUACCCAGGGAAAAACAAGAUCCCGCUCAACUAUCACAUUGUGGAGGUGAUCUUUGGAGAACUUUUCCAGCUGCCCUCGCCGCCUCACAUCGACGUCAUGUACACCACGCUGCUUAUCGAGCUCUGUAAACUGCAGCCCGGAUCGUUGCCCCAAGUUUUGGCUCAAGCCACAGAGAUGCUUUACAUGAGACUGGACACCAUGAACACCACCUGCAUAGAUAGACUAAUCAACUGGUUUUCUCACCAUUUGAGCAACUUCCAGUUUCGAUGGAGCUGGGACGACUGGUCCGACUGCUUGACCGUGGAUCUGGAGAAGCCAAAGCCCAAGUUUGUCAAAGAGGUUCUGGAGAAGUCUAUGAGACUUUCGUACCAUCAGAGGAUAGUGGACAUCGUCCCUCCAACUUUCUCAGCCCUCAUCCCUGCUGAACCCAUCUUCAUUUAUAAAUACGAUGAGAGCGCCUCUUCGUUACCGGGUUACGCAGUCACCAUUACCGUCGGAAACGCCAUCAAGAAUCGAGCAUCCAACGAAGAAAUCCUCACCAUCCUCAAAGAGGUCCCCAACCCCAACCAGGAAGAUGAUGACGAUGAGGGUGAGAGCUUCAACCCUCUGAAGAUCGACGUUUUCCUGCAGACUCUGCUCCAUCUGGCAGCCAAAUCCUUCAGCCACUCCUUCAGUGCCCUCGGCAAGUUCCAUGAGAUCCUGAAGACCCUGACAGACAGCGAUGAGGGGAAACUGCACAUUCUCAAAGUGGUGUAUGAAGUGUGGAGGAACCACCCGCAGAUGAUCUCGGUGUUGGUGGAUAAAAUGAUCCGGACACAGGUCGUGGACUGUGCUGCUGUCGCCAACUGGCUCUUCUCUCAGGACAUGGCUCACGAGUUCACCAGACUUUUCAUCUGGGAGAUCCUGCACUCCACCAUCCGAAAGAUGAACAAACACGUCCAGAAGAUCCAGAAGGAGCUGGAGGAGGCCAAAGAUAAGCUGGAGAAGCAGCAACACAAGAGGAGGGACAGCGGCGACGACGAGGAGAUGGACAAGAACAGCGAGGACGAGGAGGGUCAGCUGGAGGAGCAGAUCGAGAGGCUGCAGGAGAAGGUGGAGUCGGCUCAGAGCGAACAGAAAAACCUCUUCCUCGUCAUCUUCCAGCGCUUCAUCAUGCUGUUGACGGAGCAUCUGGUCCGCUGUGAGACGGGCAGCGUCGACAUCAGCACUCCCUGGUAUAAAAACUGCAUUGAGCGGCUGCAGCAGAUUUUCCUCAUGCACCAUGUGACCAUCCAGCAGUACAUGGGAACCCUGGAGAACCUGCUGUUCACCGCUGAGCUCGACCACCACAUCCUGGCCGUGUACCAGCAGUUCUGCGCCCUGCAGCUCUGAGGCCGACGCACCGGGACCAAAUGUGUACUCGCGUUCACGCAGAACCCGCUGUGACAAACCGACACAUUAGAAACUACCAGCUCUUGCAUCAAGAAUCUCCUCUUUACAGUUUUUUUUUUUUUUUUUUUUUUUAAAUUCCCCGUUUUGUGUUUGGUGCCAUUCGGGUCAGUUAUGUGCAGCCGUAACUAAGGACGUCUCAAAGUAGGAAAUCAAACAAAUGUUUGACAAAUCCUGUUGUUAAUUUGCUGUAGUGGUGUUUUUGUUUUUGUUUUUUUUUUCGUUUAACUUUUACCUCCUGCUCGUGUUCUGAUGAAUGGGUCUUUUUAAAACUGUAUGAACUGUCUGAGUGCAGACGGAGCCAGAGAGAUGUCCACAGGAGAGGAGAUUUCAGGUCAACUCGGAACGAUUCUGAAUCCAGAGAGCGCUCUACUUUUUUAUAUUUGUUUUAUGUGGAAUUGGGAAGUAAUUAAAACUCUCCAGAAUCUUUA